GUGCUCGGUGCGGCUGGCGCCGCUUCCUCCUCGCGGGCAGGGGGCGCCGCCACGCCCAGCGCGGCCCGGCGGCCCCUCCUGGCGGAAGCGGAAGCGGCCCGGCGGGGCGGCCCGGCAGCAUCGCCGCCGCGGAGCGCCGUGAGUACCGGAAACAUGCAACAUGGCAGCAGCCAUGGAAACUGAACAGCCAGCCCUUGAAAUCUUUGAAACCGCGGGCCGUGAGGAGCCGGUCCAGAGAGAGGAGCAGCCGAAACUAGAACCUUUCUAUGUGGAGAGGCACUCCUGGAGCCAACUUCGGAAACUGCUCACAGACACACGGAAGUAUCAUGGGUACAUGAUGGCAAAAGCCCCUCAUGACUUCACUUUUGUGAAGAAAAAUGAUCCUGAAGGACCUCAUUCCGACAGGAUCUACUAUCUGGCAAUGUCCGGGGAGAACAGAGAGAACACGCUCUUCUACUCUGAAAUUCCCAAAACCAUAAACAAAGCUGCUGUCCUGCUGCUUUCCUGGAAGCCUCUAUUGGAUCUUUUUCCGGCUGUCCUGGACUAUGGGAUGUACUCUCGUGAAGAGGAGUUGCUCCGGGAGAGGAAGCGAAUUGGCACGAUUGGGAUUGCCUCUUACGAUUACCAUCGAGAAAGCGGCACCUUUCUGUUUCAGGCUGGGAGUGGAAUUUAUCACGUAAAAGACGGAGGCCCUCAUGGCUUCACGCAACAGCCUUUAAGACCCAUUCUGGUAGAGACCAGUUGCCCAAAUAUCCGCAUGGAUCCCAAGCUUUGUCCAGCUGAUCCAAAUUGGAUUGCAUUUAUCCAUAGCAAUGACAUCUGGAUAUCUAAUCUAGAAACCAGGGAAGAAAGGAGGCUGACGUUUGUGCACAAUGAACUGGCCAAUAUUGAGGAGGACCCAAAAUCUGCUGGCGUAGCUACUUUUGUGCUGCAGGAGGAGUUUGACAGAUACACCGGCUACUGGUGGAGCCCGAAGGCGCAGCCAGCACUGAAUGGAGGUAAAGUUCUUCAAAUUCUUUAUGAAGAAAAUGAUGAGUCAGAAGUGGAAAUUAUUCAUGUCACAUCGCCCAUGCUGGAGACAAGACGAACAGAUUCCUUCCGGUACCCCAAAACUGGUACAGCAAAUCCAAAGGUCACUUUCAAGAUAUCUGAAGUGACAAUCAAUGCGGAAGGCAGAAUUGCAGAUGUUGUGGAUAAAGAGCUAGUUCAGCCGUUCGAGAUCCUCUUUGAAGGAGUAGAGUACAUUGCUAGAGCUGGGUGGACGCCAGAAGGAAAAUACAUCUGGUCCAUCUUAUUGGAUCGCUCCCAAACUCGGCUUCAGAUAGUCUUGAUCCCUCCUGCAUUAUUCAUCCCCACAGAAGAUGAUGCAAUGGAAAGACAGAAACUUAUCGAUGCUGUACCAGAUUCUGUUACACCUUUCAUUAUUUAUGAAGAGACAACAGAUAUCUGGAUAAAUAUCCACGAUAUCUUCUACGUUUUCCCUCAAACCCACGAAGAUGAGAUCGAGUUCAUUUUUGCUUCUGAGUGUAAAACAGGAUUCCGGCACCUGUACAAAGUCAUCUCGGUUUUGAAGGAGAGCAAGUAUAAAAGGUCAUGUGGAGGCCUCCCCACUCCAAGUGACUUCAAGUGCCCCAUCAAAGAGGAGAUAGCAAUCACUAGUGGGGAAUGGGAAGUGCUUGGCAGACAUGGAUCCAAUAUCUAUGUUGAUGAAGCCAAAAAACUGGUGUACUUUCAAGGCACAAAGGACUCACCUUUAGAGCAUCACUUGUACGUUGUUAACUAUGAGAAUCCCGGUGAAAUAAAGCGGCUGACAGAACACGGUUACUCGCACGCCUGCUGCGUCAGCCAGGAUUGUGACAUGUUCAUCAGCAAGUACAGUAAUCAGAAGAACCCUCACUGUGUGUCACUUUACCGGCUGACAGGACCUGAAGGUGAUGCAGCUCACAGGACGAAGGAAUUCUGGGCUACCAUCUUAGAUUCAGCAGGCCCCCUUCCUGAUUACGUUCCCCCAGAAAUGUUCUCCUUCGAGAGUUCCACGGGCUUUACGCUCUAUGGGAUGAUGUACAAACCUCACAAUCUGCAGCCUGGAAAGAAGUACCCGACUGUGCUCUUCAUCUACGGAGGGCCUCAGGUACAGCUAGUGAACAAUCGCUUUAAAGGAAUCAAGUAUUUCCGUUUGAACACUUUGGCAUCUUUAGGCUAUGUGGUGGUUGUGAUCGACAACAGAGGGUCCUGCCACCGAGGGCUGAAGUUUGAAGGAGCCUUUAAAUACAAGAUGGGGCAAAUAGAAAUUGAUGACCAGGUGGAAGGGCUGCAGUAUUUAGCAUCCCAGUAUGACUUCAUUGACUUGGAUCGUGUCGGCAUUCACGGCUGGUCCUACGGAGGCUACCUCUCUCUUAUGGCUUUAAUGCAGAGGUCAGAUAUCUUCAGGGUUGCCAUUGCUGGAGCACCCGUCACGCUGUGGAUUUUCUACGACACUGGUUACACAGAGCGCUACAUGGGCCACCCAGAUCACAACGAGCAGGGGUAUUACUUAGGUUCGGUGGCCAUGCAAGCUGAGAAGUUUCCUUCCGAACCAAACCGUUUGCUGCUGCUACAUGGAUUCUUGGAUGAGAAUGUUCACUUUGCACACACUAGUAUUUUGCUCAGCUUUUUAGUGAGAGCUGGGAAACCAUAUGACUUACAGAUCUACCCUCAGGAGAGACACAGUAUAAGGGUACCCGAGUCGGGAGAGCACUAUGAACUUCAUCUACUGUAUUACCUGCAGGAGAAUCUGGGUUCCCGGAUCGCUGCCCUGAAGGCAGUUAACUGACUGCAGAACUCUGCUCCGCUGGCUGCUUUACCCAACCAGGAGAUAUAGGAUAGAGAAAAUAGAAUGGAACAUUGCAUUUUGGUGCCUGCCACAUGUACACACACGUACACACACACAGAGACACUUUUUUUAAAAGUAAAUUUGGUGCCAUACAGGAAAUUAAAGUACGGUGACCUAAUAACUUUAAAGCUUGAGGUGUAAAUAAAAUCAAAUGUCCAUGGUAUAACGCAGUACCAUGGGUGUUCUCUUGGGGGAGAAGCUGAAACAGAAAAUAAUGUACUUCUACAGCACCAGAUCUUCACUUUUUAAAAGCAUUAUGACAUAAUUGAUGUAUUUUUACAGUGUGUUCCGUGGUAUCUUAUGUAAUAAUACUAGAUGAUUUUCUCACUACACAGCAAGAGUUUACCCAAAUGGUUACAACCUGCAUUACAUUUUUGAAUGCUGUCAUAUGGUUUUUAUGCUUCAUGACAAGGAUGUGUGUCACUGCUUAGAAGCUGGUCACACAUCACCUAUCUAGAUGUUAAUUGUUUUUUAAGAAGGAAAGACUUUUAAGCUGCCUCCUAAAGAAUUCACAUUUUGGAUUCAGGUGAUGCCAGGUUCAGUGAUUUCUUCUCUCCCCAGGAUAAAUUAUACUAUUUUUUUUCCCUCCUUUCAGCAGCUUGAGAUCCUAUCCUGAUUCUAUUUGAUUUCAGUGGGGAAGUGAAAUUAUACUUUACUGUGAUAUGGACAUAACAAUCUUUUAUUCUGAGUGCAAACCUAACUCCAAGAGCUGAAACUGUAAAUUUUAAAGAGGCUUAAGGUGCAACCCAUUUCUCACUAACAUUUUUCCCUGAUGUUCAUUGUGGAGCUGGUUUUACAAUACUCUUCUUGCAUCAGCAUGAUAUAGGCUGUUAGGAUUUUAAAAUUCAAUACUCAAAUUCAAAGGUCUGCAGAGGGUUUAGUGAGGAGAGACCUUACAAAUACUACAUGUGAGGCAACCUGAAAUAUUUCAGUGCAUUUCCUGCUUUGUGUGAGGGACUGUUGCCCAGGCUCUUACUCUUUGCACUCCUCCAUUCCUGGGUCCUUUCCAGCACUCCUGUGUAGCACGACGAUGAUGCUAUAUUUGAGAAACCCCCUUCUGUAGAGCUUCAGGUAGCCCCGCUAAGCCUCAAGGAUGUGCAAUCCCAGUUGUGUUUUUACUAGUGAGGUUUUAACUAAGCAGCAGGCUUGGCUAAAAAGCAUCAGAAGUGUGUGAAGUCACUUUUAACUUGCAAAAGGUCGUUUAAGAUAGAAAUCCAUAGCAAAAUGAUUCUUUAAUCCAGGAAAUUCUCCCCUUGGGGCUUGUCUCUGAGACUCUGUAAGUUUUAAUGGUUUUCUUAGAAACCUAAGAACUUCCUUUUCUUUCUGUUUUGGUGCUAGAGAGAAGCAGAGCAUGAUUUUCUUUUCAUCUUCUAAAAAUCUGGAAUCACUCUCAGUGUUUACGCUCUUAGUGCUCCACAUGUUGUAACCUUGUCUUUUCCUCGCUUUGUACUGUUCGGCUUGGUCCCGAAACUCCGGGAUUUCACACAAUCUGGCUGUAUUGUAUCAAACCGCAUCAUUUUUCAGUCAGGCUGCUGGGCAUGUGCGCCAAAGCUGUGGGAGCUGGUGCAGUUACACGGUUGUAAAAUGUGCGUGUGAGAACAGGAUCUGGUUUUUGGGUUACACAAAAGAGCCAAAGCAAACGGCAAAUUUCCUCCGAGGUGCGGAUGUUUGGUUUGGGCUAUUUUCUGGUUUUCAGAUCACAGCGAUUGUUAAGGGGAUCAGUUAAAAUACCAUUAGCAGGUCAACAACAGGCUCGCAGUUUUAUUUUGGGAAGGACGCGGCAGGGAAGGAGCUCAGCUCCUGUAAUGUCUUCUUGGCAAUUAAUUGUGACUGCAGCAACUGAGGGAUGACUACGCGUCUGAUGGAUUUGAACUAGAACACCAUGGCAGUGAAUAGAGACAAUUAUAAGCUAUUACUAUGGAAUUCCGUUGUGUUCCUUACGUGUUUAUGCUGUAUUAUAUAUACAUAUAUCUAUAUCUGUUCAUAUAUACAUAUAUGUAUAAAAUUACACGUGGAUAGUAUCAUCUUUUCCAAGGUUGUUUAUAUUUUGUUCAGUAUUAAAUUGACUUGCUUUUCGGGGUGUUUUUGUUCUUUUUCUAGAGGUGAUUACCCUCAAAUGUAAAUGUAUAUGAUUUUAAAGACAAAACGGAUCCUUUUGUUUAAAAAACAGAACAAAAAUGGCCUUCAUCAAACAGUGCUUUUUUAGGAACUGAAGAACUAGAUGUUAUGCAAGCAAACCAGGCUGGGUUUUGAUUUAGCACAAGAUGCGAUUAUAAUUGCUGACAUAUAACUUUUUAAUAAUGCAUCCUUUCACUGUUUUAAAUAUAUAUAUUGAAAAGCUAUUAAAGUACAACAUACUGAAGUACUCUAUUUUGCAACAUAAA